AUGCCGCCUGCGGACGUCCAGCAGCUGAUCGGUAAUCCAGAAGAAGUUUCCCCUCAGUUAGGGGGGAGCUCCACUUUGAAGCAGGAGACUCCACAACCACCCUGCAUUAAAAAGGAAGAGGAGGAACUCUGCAUCACUCAGGAGGGAGAGUGUCUUCUAGGACGAGAGGAAGCUGAUUACACCAAGUUUCCACUGAGUAUUCUCUCUGUGAAGACUGAAGAUGAUGAAGAGAAACCACAACUAGACAACCUCUUAGCUCCACUAUCAGACGUCCAGCAGCUGAUUGGUCAUCCAGAAGAACUUCCCCCUCCAUCAGGAUGGAGCUCCACUUUGAAGCAGGAGACUCCACAGCCACCCCACAUUAAAAAGGAAGAGGAGGAACUCUGGAUCACUCAGGAGGGAGAGUGUCUUCUAGGACGAGAGGAAGCUGAUUACACAAAGUUGCCACUGACUGUUGUCUCUAUAAAGACUGAAUAUGAUGAAGAGAAACCACAACUAGACAACCUCUUAGCUCCACUGUCAGAAAGUGAGGCUGAAGACGAAGUUGAAGAACCUAUGAUCAGUGAUACAGACUGUGAAGAUGAUGUGAGGACUCACACUGACAACAAACCCUCUGAAUGCUCUAAAAAGAGGAGCGUUCAAACACAUUUCAGCUGCUCAGCUUGUGCUAAAAGCUUCACUAAAAAGAGCACUUUGACUCGACACAUGAGAACACACACGGGUGAAAAACCAUUUAAAUGUUCAUUUUGUGGUAAAGGCUUUUCUAUAAAAUGCAAUUUGACUGCACACAUAAGAACGCACACGGGAGAGAAACCAUGUACAUGUUCAGUUUGCGGUAAAAGCUUCUCUCUCAAAAAGAAUUUGACUGACCACAUGAGAACGCACACAGGAGAAAGACCGUUUAAUUGCUCAAUCUGCCGUAAAAGUUUUACAAAAAAGUGCCAUUUGACUCAACACGUGGGAGCGCACACUGGACAAAAACCGUUUAUAUGCUCAGUUUGUGGUAAAAGCUUUUCUCAGUCGAGCCAUUUGACACGACACGUAAGAACGCACACGGGAGAAAAACCUUUUAAUUGUUUAGUUUGUGGUAAGGGUUUCACUAAAAAGAUUAGUUUCACUCAACACAUGGGAAAACAUACAGGAGAAAAACCAUUUAGUUGUUCAGUACGCGGUAAAAGAUUCCAUCACAAUGUAGACACAGUAAGACACAUAAGAACACACACAGGAGAAUAACCAAUCAGCUGUUUAGAUUGUGGUAUGUUGCUCACAUGUGAGGACAUCAACCCAAACCCAAAUUGCUAUUGUUACAAACUGCACUCCCCAUUGUAUUUGUUUAUAUUGUAUAUUUUAUAUGAAAGGUGUGUUCUGCACAGUAAUGCUAUACAUAAAUAUGAAUUGUAAUUAUCAGGAACACAGUAAUGGAUCUGUGGUAUGUACAAAAUUAUAACAUAACAACUCAUUGCAACAACAUAGUUGACCUGUUUAAGAUUUAAAAAGCAGGUGGUGAUAAAAGACUUCCCUGCAAUUACCAUGAAUUGAUUAACUUAACCAAGUUGAAAAACUUAUUCGGGUGUUACCAUUUAGUGGUCAAUUGUACGGAAUAUGUACUGUACUGUGCAAUCUACUAAUAAAAGUUUCAAUCAAUCAAUCAAUGCUGUGAGAUGUUACAUGAUGUUGGUGGUUCACAACUUCUUGAGCGAGUAAAAAUGGGAGUAAAAAAAUUACAUUUUUCGCAUUUUUGUUUACACCAGUUGCAUGUAGUACCGAUGAAUACCGGUAUCGAUAAGGAAUACCGAUAUUGGUAUCGAAAUUGAUCACAUCCUGACGAUGUACAUUCCUACUCAAUAGCCUCCACCAUCUAGUUGAUGAUCCUGCACGGAUUGGGAAAUAUGAAAAUGGUUCCAAUCUGGAUUUCUUCCUUCCUUCUUCACCAGACAAUCAUGUUGUCACUGUCGGUGCUCCUUUGACCACCGUGUCGUAUCUACUCUGGCUAAUGUGGAGAAUGCAUAUAUGUUUAAGAGUUCUUUCUUUGUUCAUGGCCAUGUUUGGAGCAUCUAGUACUUUUCCUUUGUAUAUUCUACCAGUUUCUCUUUGUCUUCAGAGGUCUGUUUAGUGUCUUAACCAUCGGAAUGUGAAUACAUCACCCACUUCUUCCUUAUCAGUGUUGCGAGAGGAAGAGGUGGGGUCUUUCUUUGUGUGCAAGAAGCUGGCUCUUCCGUUUGAGUGUCAGAUCAACUAGAGUAGCCGAUAUGAAUGUAUUGGUUAAGCUGAUCCCCUGAAAUUUCAGUAAAACUUCAUAAUAUUCCUAUUCUGUCUUGGUGGUCCUUCUUACUCAGCAUAUAUGUCAUCGAAAGAACUUGGGAUCGACCAGUAAUUUAGAUUCCCUGGGAGGAAGAGCUGGUCGACGCAACAAUUACUACAAUCUUCCAGCAAUAAGCAAAUCUGGGGAAGCGUAGAGUUUCCGAAGAGCCAUAUUUGAGGUAUUUCAGUGUUUGGAUAUGUUUAUCUUCUUCUAUUUUGAGGAAUUAUUUUGGUUUAUGUGCCGUCACGUGGGUUCACUUCCUGUUGUAUGUAAACACGUCCAUGUAUGGAUCUUCAUAUUGACCUUUUAUUGUAUAGUAGUUGUGUUUUAAUAUCUUGCUUUAUUGCCUAAAUAAUAAUUAUAAUCUGGCAACUUAUGACCGCAUUUGGAAAAUGUAUGACGUUUUUUUAUUUCAU